AUGCAUGUCCCAACUGAAACCAGUGGAUCAUCCUCCCCAAAUGUUAGUGAAAAUGAACCAUUCCAAAUGAUCAACCUGGCUUAUCUGGUCUUGGAUGUUGCUUCCUUAUCCACGAUUCAUCCACCCCCUCAGAAGAAAGCUACACCUUCUAUGUCAAAGAAUUUCAAGACUUAUGGUAAGUCUUCUGAACCUAUAAUCCCUAGUGAAGAUAAAACUACUGUUGAAGAAGGGUCUAGGUCUAAAGGGUUUGAGAUGAGAAACCUUACUAUGCAUGCUGGCGGCACUGAGAAUCAAAUGGAAGUGGAAAGGAGUUCCAUUGAUAACGAACUUAGGAAUGAAAAAGCUGAGGAAAGUGUUCCUGAACAUGUUGCUCUUGAAAGAAGGAGUAAGAAGAAGGUUGAUGAUUGUGUCCCUGAGUAUGUUUCUCAUGAGAGAAGAAGUAAAAAGAAAGUUGAUCAUGUUGUCAAUGUUGAAGAACUAACUUCUGAUGAGGAACCUCUUACCAAUAUUGUGACUCAUGGUAUAGCCAAGAGACUACAGAGACGAAAAGGAAAGACAAUGGUGUUUGAAGAUUCUCCCUCCAAGGAGAUAAAAAUAAAAUAUGGUGGUUUGAAAAGCACUCCCUCUAGAAACUCUAUAGGAAAAUCUCUUGUUGGUCCUACUAGAUUAUGGAGUAAAGUUGUUACCCCUACUAGGAAGAGGAAAGUUGUCUCUUCUAGUGAUUCUGAGUUUGAUGUCAAAAAGGAUGUCCAAGACAUCAUGCAUGUAAAAAGAUCUGCUACCAAGAAGCCUCAUGAUGUUGUGCUCGAGGCUCCACUGAAUAAUGUUUCUUUACAUUAUGUGAAGAAUGUUGAAAGGUGGAAUUAUAUUAUUCAAAGGAGGGCAUCUCUAGAGAGGGAAUUGGGUAAGGAUACCCUAAAAUGUAAGGAGGUUGUAGAGCUUACAGAAGCUGUUGGGUUGAUAAAGACUGUUACAAAAUUUGGCCCUUGUUAUGUGUAG